AUGGUGAGACCACGACUGCUUGUAGUGUCCAUGUCGCUUCCGGUUACUGCAAAGAGGAUUGGAGAAGAGUCUUGGUCUUUCACCAUGAGUCCUGGUGGUCUAGUUAGUGCUCUUCUAGGUUUGAAAGAGUUUGAGACCAAAUGGAUUGGAUGGCCUGGAGUAGAUGUUCAUGAUGCGAUUGGAAAAAAGGCACUCUCCGUUGCCCUAGCUGAAAAGGGGUGUAUCCCAGUGUUUUUGGAGGAAGUUUGUGAUCAAUACUAUAAUGGCUACUGCAACAAUAUUCUGUGGCCGAUUUUUCACUACUUGGGAACACCACCAGAAUAUCGCAACGAUUCAACCAUAACAUACCAGUCACAGUAUGAUGCAUACAAAAAAGCAAAUCAAAUUUUCUUUGAUGUCGUAAAAGAGCAUUACCAAGAAGGAGAUGUGGUUUGGUGCCAUGAUUAUCAUGUUAUGCUUCUUCCUCAAUACCUUAAAGAGUACAACAGUAAGAUGAAAGUUGGAUGGUUUCUCCACACACCAUUCCCUUCCUCCGAAAUGUACAAAACGCUGCCCUCUCGAUCCGAGCUGCUUCGUUCUGUUCUUACUGCUGAUUUAGUCGGUUUCCAUACCUAUGAUUUUGCAAGACAUUUUGUGAAUGCAUGCAUGUGUAUUCUUGGAAUCGAAGCAACAUCUGAAGGAGUUGUGGAUCAGGGCAAAGUCACUCGAGUAGCUGUUUUUCCAAUUGGGAUAGAACCUGAGAGGUUCAUAAACACAAGUGAACUUUCUGAGGUUAUACAAUACAUGAAGAAGUUCAAAACCGAUUUCGGGGGCAGAAAGUUGAUAUUAGGUGUUGAUCGUCUUGAUAUGAUCAAAGGAAUUCCACAAAAAUAUCAGGCUUUUGAGAAAUUUCUAGAGGAAAAUGAAGAUUGGCGUGGUAAAGUUAUGUUACUUCAGAUUGCAGUGCCAACAAGGAAUGGUAUUGGAGAAUAUCAAAAGAUCAAAGACCUAUGUCAUGGACUCGUUGGACGAAUCAAUGGUCGUUUUGGGUCUAUCUCUUCUGUUCCAGUAAUUCACCUGGAUUGUUCUAUUGCCUUUAAUCAAUUAUGCGCACUUUACGCAAUCACAGAUGUGUUGCUUGUAACAUCUUUGAGGGAUGGGAUGAAUCUUGUGAGUUCUGAAUUUGUUGCCUGCCAAAAAGCGGAAAAAGGAGUUCUCAUUCUCAGCGAGUUUGCAGGUGCUGGACAGUCGCUAGGUGCUGGUGCUCUUCUUGUGAAUCCUUGGAACAUUAAAGAAGUUUCUACUGCCAUUGGAGAAGCUCUAACCAUGUCACCUGAAGAAAAGGAGAGAAAACAUCAAAUCAAUUUUCAGUAUGUGAAAACUCAUUCUACUCAACAGUGGGCAGAUGAUUUCAUGAAGUUGACUUUUACAAACAACUUGUGCAGUAAACUUAAUGAGAUUACAGCUAAAGCUGAGCUACAAAAUGGAAAAUUCCCACAUGAACUUCCACAACAUGAUGUGGUUCAACAAUAUUCAAAGUCUAAGAAUAGGCUUCUAGUUCUUGGUUUCUAUGGAACGCUCACUAAGCUUGACAAAAACCAAGUGAGAAGAGGCGACGGAAUGAAUCUUGAACUUCACCCACAGCUAAAAGAAAAACUCAAAGCAUUAUGCAGUGAUCCAAAAACAACAGUAGUUGUCCUGAGUAGAAGUGAAAAAAGCAGAUUGGAUAAAAUCUUUGGAGAAUACAAUAUGUGGCUGGCCGCGGAAAAUGGAAUGUUUCUAAGGCAUACAUGUGGAGAGUGGGUGACAAAAAUGCCAGAACACUUGAAUCUGGAUUGGAUUGAUGGUGUCAAGCAUGUUUUCAAGUACUUCACUGAAAGGACCCCGGGAUCAUAUUUUGAGACAAGCGAGACUUCGAUUGUAUGGAAUUACCAAUAUGCAGAUGCUGAAUUCGGGAGAGCUCAAGCAAGAGACAUGUUACAACACUUGUGGGCAGGACCAAUCUCUAAUGCAUCAGUGGAUGUUGUUCGAGGAGGCCAUUCUGUUGAAGUCCAUGCUGUUGGUGUAACAAAGGGAAGUGCAAUGGAUCGUAUCCUCGGAGAGAUAGUACUUCACAACAAGUCGAUGACCGCACCAAUUGAUUAUGUCUUAUGCAUUGGUAGUUUCUUGGGAAAAGACGAAGACGUCUACACCUUCUUCGAGCCUGAGUUAACCAAGAAAACUAAGUCGUCGUCUCCUUCUUCAGGCGGUGGCUCCCCCAAGAAAGUCUCAUCGACCGUCGUUGACCUAAAGGGAGAGAAUUACUUCUCUGUAGCUGUUGGAAAAACGCACACAAAGGCUAGCUACUUCCUUCACUCAUCUGAUGAUGUUGUGCAACUGGUCCAGAAGCUUUGCACACAGAACAAUGCAUGAUUCAUCAUAUGGUGCCCUGUUUCUGCUAAGUUAAAGUUUGGCUAAAUGCUACCAAUAAAGAUUUUCAUAUGUUAUUUUGUCCUUUUGCAAAACUCAUUUUAAUGUUCUCUCUUUCUCAGUUUCUUUCUUUCUCUAUUUUACUAUUUUUUUUUUUUUUGUU